UGAGUUCAUAACGAUAACGAACUUUUUGCUUUAUUUUUAUUACAGUUAGAUUAGUUUUCAUUUUAAGAUCUAUAUGUAAAAACAUUUAAAUUUUAUGUAUAUUAUAAAAUGAAAAAUAUAAUUGUUCUUAUUCUAUUGUAUUUAGCCAUAAAUUUACAUUCCUUUGAUGCCUCGGAACAUUGCCAAUCAGAAUCGGAUUGCGUACAAAAUAAAAACAGAUAUAAUCAAGAGAUAAAUGAAUGGACCAAAAUUAUAAAUAAAAAUGUAGAACAAGCAAUUAACAAGUAUACACCAUGUGAAAGUUCCAAUUGUAAAUGUCAUGAAGAUGUUAUGAAUCAGGAUCUUUCGGCAUUUAAGGAUGGAAUAAGUAAGGAACAAUUUGAUAUUGCUGUUACAAAGGGUACUAAAUAUCAGAUUAUAGAUGGACAAGUAUACAGACAGAAGGAUUGUCAUUUUCCAGCACGGUGUGCUGGUGUGGAGCAUUACCUUGUGGCUUUGGCACCCAAGUUACCUAACAUGGAACUAGCCAUAAAUACAAGGGACUGGCCACAAGUUAACCAAGCCUGGGGACAUCAGAGAGCACCUGUAUUUUCUUUCAGUAAGACUAAGGAUUACUAUGACAUUAUGUAUCCAGCAUGGAGUUUCUGGGAAGGUGGACCGGCAAUAUCAUUGUAUCCUACAGGUAUAGGACGUUGGGAUAAACACAGGCUUUCAAUUUCAGAAGCAGCAGAGAAAUGGCCAUGGAGUGAGAAAAAAAGUCAGGCUUUCUUCAGAGGAUCUAGAACAAAUGGGGAAAGAGAUGCAUUGAUAUUGUUAUCCCGAUCAAGACCUGAGCUUGUGGAUGCUCAGUUUACCAAGAAUCAGGCUUGGAAAUCAGAUGCGGACACUUUGUACGCAUCACCAGCUUCUGAGGUCUCAUUUGAAGAACACUGCAAAUACAAAUAUCUCUUCAACUAUAGAGGAGUGGCAGCUAGUUUCCGAUUUAAACAUUUAUUUCUUUGUAAAUCCCUGGUAUUUCAUGUAGGGAAUGAUUGGCUUGAAUUUUUUUACCCUUCUUUAAAACCCUGGGUCCAUUAUGUACCCAUUAGUCCUAAGGCUAAUCAAGACGAAAUCAUUAAAUAUAUAGAAUAUUUUCAACAAAACGAUUCUUUAGCUAAAGAAAUUGCCGAUCGAGGCUUUCAACAGAUUUGGGACAAUUUAACUGUGAAAGAUGUUAAAUGCUAUUGGAGGAAGUUGUUAAAAGGUUAUGCAAAACUUGUAAAAUACGAAGUUAAGAAAGAUACAAAUCUGAUUAAAGUGUAAUUAACAGUAAGUUAAAUAUUGUUACAAACA